AAGAAAAGCUUCAUCUAAUGUCCGAAAUGGGCCGCAUUAUCCACGUGGAGAAGACCAUCACUGAUACAAAGUAUUCACAUUAGACGGUGGUAUCAAUCUCGAUUCACUCCGAUCAACCCUAAUUUGAAAAAAAGGUGGGACCAUCAUUUUCUCCACAUUCAUUUUUUGUGAAACCGACUUGUACGCGAAGAAACGAAUGAAUCAAAAGAAUGAAGAUACGGAUUUGAAGAGGGCGUGAUCGAAUCGUAUGUGUGUAUGCAUAUGCAAAUGUCGAUUCUAAUGAGAAGUGGUGUUCGGGCUUUGAUCGGAAGUCGAAGGAGUUCUUUGCCGUUGAUUUACUCGCGUUUCUCAUCGUCACCGUUAACUUCAUCAUCACCGGCGUCGGGGACUGUAGCUUCCGGUGCCGCCGCUGAUGUCGCCGGAGAAGGUCUGCUGUUGGAGGAGGAACCGCCUUCCACCGCCACCGUCGCGGCGAAGGCUGCUGUACCAUCUCUACUUCAGCCUCGAGUCGUCGUUUAUGAUGGGGUCUGCCAUCUGUGCCACGAAGGGGUGAAGUGGGUGAUAAAAGCAGACAAGCACAGGAAGAUCAAAUUCUGUUGCCUUCAGUCUAAGGCUGCUGAACCUUACAUGAGACUUUGUGGUGUCGACCGAGAGGAUGUUCUCCGCCGCUUCCUGUUUGUUGAAGGCCUAGGUUCAUACCACCUAGGUUCCACUGCUGCACUGAGAGUUCUGUCAUACUUACCGUUACCUUACUCUGUGUUAAGCACUCUUGCGAUAGUCUCAACACCUUUAAGGGAUGCUGUCUAUGAUUAUGUUGCCAAGCGGCGGUACAACUGGUUUGGAAAGGAGGAAGAAUGUAUAGUUCUACAAGAGAAGGAGAUGCUCGAGCGUUUCAUUGAUAGGGAAGAAAUGCUGGAUCGCAGCAAAUCAAAUUUAUGAGGACCUCGUUUGAUACGAUUAGCCACAUCUAGGAUAUCAUUUUAGACAGCUGUCAUGGUUAAUGUUCCUCGGAAGGACUAUACUGUAAAGUCGUACAUGCACGUUAUUCUCGAGCAUAGCAUCUACGCAUGACAUUGAACUUAAGUGGGUAGAAUACUGGAUGUGGUUUUUGACUUUCUUCUCUCGGAUUGGAAAUGUAGCUAUGCUUGAUGACAACAUGAAGAUUUUCCAUUUAACGCACUUGUUUGUUCCUGAUGCCUGAUUUCUCUUGAGCAAAGCCACCCUUGUCACAACCCUAACUCCGAUGGUUGCUGCACAAAUGAACUUGACAUUGUAGUAGGUUAUGGCUGGUGUUUGUUUUGAAUUGUUUAGAGCCUAAACAUUUCAGGAAUCCAGACAAUACUUAAUGUAGCUAAAUAUAAUGCCAAUUUACUUGCAA